GCGACAGGUAAGACUGCGCCCAAGUUUCUUCAAGACCUCCUUCGAUUCGAUCCCCUAUCCGCUCCCGCGAAUCGAAACGUUCUCACCGACCACCCUCCGCAAUUUGAUGGCAAGGCUCGCUCAGGCCCGCCCUUGGUCUUAGACAGAGGCAGCUGCAAGCAUGAAUACUACUCGCAUAUAGAACGCUGCAAUCUGCCGCGUCUUGAUGAGUCUGCACAACAAGACACAUGCUGGAAGGUCGCAGCUUGCUGCAGGAAAUGCCGUCUUCAUCUUACCCUGUCCAUCGACUAUCCGGACACGGGCUGCAUACAACCUUGUCCUAAUCGAGAUCACCCACUCCACCAUCUCCGUCACAUAUCAACAGACACCGACCCAUUGCGAGUCAGCUAUCAUUUCGAGUGCUCGAAUCUUGCCUGUCAAGCCCACGUGCACGUUACCUACGAAAUCCCCGUCUUGACGAAAGAAGACAUCAAACUUCUCACUGACCCUCAAGCUUUGACUCGGCGUUACGAGCAUGUACUCGAAGCUUAUCCGGACCGUGAGGGUGUGCGGCAGGCUACUCCUGGAGAUGUCUUCUUCCGGUUGAAGAGAUAUGUUUCGGAUUCCUUGGUUGAGGGAAAUGCUAGGCGCAGCUUUCCCGCGAGAAAUAAGAGAUUCAUGGAAGCCUUCGGAACAGACUGCGACUUGCUACUCGAACGCUUAGGAUUCAGGAAGGGCGAGGACGGUAAUGGCGAGGCUCAGUGGCAACUGCCUUCACCAAAACCAGUUGACGACCCAGACCCGUUGCGUCCUAUGCUUGAGAGACUGGCGAUCGAACUGCUAUAUCUGAACGAUGAGUACUGUGCAAGCCACGCGCUUCCCAAUCCUUCUCGCCCGUCAUAUCAGGAUUCGAAAGUGGAUUUCGCUCGUACACUGAGCGCACAGAACUGUAUGAUGAGUCAUGUCUGUUGUCUAGCCAAAGUCAGUGGUUCAUGCUUACCGCUUUAUAGCUGUUAUGCCAGUCUUGGUGCUCUUGGCGACUUUUCAGAUCGUCUGAUCGCUUUCUCCUACGAAAUGCAGGCAGCAUGCGAUCCCAUGGAAGGACCAUACUAUGUCGAUUGUCUCCAGGAUCUCGCAACAGGCCGGGACAGCGACAUUCUUAUCACCAAGUCAGCUACACUUGCAUCACAAAACGUUUUGAGCAGAAAGGACAUCAAUCAAGCAUACAAAGCUCUGGGGAUCGACCCGGAGUUGCAAAAGACCAUCGAUGACGAACAACUCCUUGGAAUCUAUAAAUCGCGAUGGUCAGACUCUAGUAAAACAGGACAGACUGAUCUAAAGACAGCCUUGAAAACACUCGGCCAAGCCAGAAACAGUCGAUAUAUACUAGAUACUGCCGCGGACACUGUGGAAACAUACGAACAGGCACUUGCGUGGCUUGGUGCCGAUGCAACUCAGGCAGACGACACAAUCGUCGCGUUAUAUGGUGUCGACGACGCACAUAACGAUCCAAUGACUAAAGAUCUUGCUCGUCGUGCUGUCAGCUUGAUUGCUGCACACCGCAAAAGUGAAAUACUGCAGAGUUGGCUUGCUACUGGUGAAAUGACCUCACAAACCAUGACACUUGAAGAUGCAUGCAAACAUCUGGAAAUUGACAAUCUCGACGAGGUCGUUCCGGAAAUGAUUGAUCUUCAAUUCGACCUUGUCAGAGAGGGAAAACCUGGACCAACAACUGACAAGGCUAUCGCCGUUGUUCGCAAAGCUAUGGAUGAACGACAGUUCGGACAACACUCGACACAGAGCUGGCCUGUUGGCUUGAUCAGCCAUGGAAAUACCUGCUAUCUCAACAGUCUUCUUCAGUAUUAUUUCACCAUCAAACCUCUUCGAGAGCUUGUACUUGACUUCGAUAAGUUCAAGUACGACCUGGCAACCGAAGGUUCCAAAACUGAGCGAGUUGGAAAUCUUCAUCGUCCUGAGUAUGAGAUUGAAUCCUUCCAAAGUCUUACGAACGAUCUUCGUCACCUCUUUCAGCGCAUGAUCAGAGACCGUGGACCAGCCGUCAAACCUGAGGCAGACCUGGUCUGUCGAGCUUUUCUAAAGCCUACCAGCCCUGAAGCAGACACGACAGGUUCACAACAGACUAACGAAGUAGACGUCAACAUGACCUCAGAAGAGAACGAGAGCCAUCCUGCUGCCGUGGCCGCAAAUGCAGAUGACUCUUCAACAAUCUCACAAACGAGCUCGACUACACUCCAAGGCAAUGCUGUGCUUACUCCGCCAGUCACGCCUAAAGCCGAGAAAGAAGGCGAGCUACUCGCCCCGCCACUGCCGCCCAGAAGGCCUGCAACCCCAUCACAACAAACCAAAACCAAUUUGGAGAAGGCAGAAGAAGCUGCCAGACAGCAGCAGGAUGUUGCCGAAGUUAUGGAAGAAUUGCUGACAAGGCUGAGAGCGUCGAUCAAGCCGCUCGGUCAAGACCCUCAGGGUGAGCAAUUAGACCAACUUCGAGACAUCUUCAACAUGCGCAUCGUCGAUACCAUCAUGCCUGAGGGCGAGCAACCUUCCACAAAAGAAGACGAAUUCACCAACUUGAUGCUCCUUCCACCUUACGAGCCUACCGACAUUUACUCUGCUCUCAGUCGAGUUCUUGAUCUACACCCAGAACCAGAAGCUAGCAAACCGGUCAAUGUGUAUAAAACCUUGAAGUCGUUCCCACCGAUCCUUCAAAUCAGCAUCAAUCGCAUCCGUUUGGGUCGCGAUGGCAAACCAGUCAAGAGUGUUGAUCGCAUAAGGCUCGAAGAGACUCUUUACAUGGAUCGCUUCUCGGAUGAUGAGGCUGUUCUCGCUAAGCGCAAGCAGUGCUGGGAGUGGCAAAGACGUUUACGCAGCUUACAGGCCGAGAAAGUGAUGAUGCAGAAGACUGAGACUGGUAUUGACGGCCCGUCCACACUUGAUGCCGUGGGUGAUUGGUUGUCUAAGAUCUCUGAGUGUGACCAAAUCCUUUCGGAAGCUGGAAUUGAACCGAUCAAGGUACCUGAGUCACUCGCAUCGGAUCUCCAGCAAGAGAGUGCUUCUCAGCGCGCACGUCUCUCAGUCAUUGACCAGGAAGUACGAGAGCUCGAAGAAAACAUUGCAAAGCAAUUUUCUGGACCCGACUUCGAAAAGAUGAAAUAUCGCCUUCAUGCCGUCUUCUUCCACCGUGGUAGCACUGGUCAUGGUCACUAUUGGACCUGCAUUUACGACAUUCAACACAACAUCUGGCGUUCAUACAACGAUGAGAAGGUAGAGCAAGCCAACAAGCUUGAUGAUAUCCUCAACGCAGAAACCUGGAUGCAAGGUACACCUACAUAUGCCGUAUACGUCCGGGACGACACCAAGGAACAAUACGUGGAGCCAUUAUGUCGCGAUGUCGAAGAGAUAGUUGACGAGCCAAUGCCUGACGCAGUCACUUCGUUCGAACCGGAGGCUGAGAAUACCGCUCCAUUUGACCCAGAAGUUGUAGCGCCCAGCAGUAUCAAAGUGGAGGGAGACUGGAACACGAGGGACCAUCCGGUAGAGAAUUGGUAG